GAGACCUACAUGUCCUAAGUGGCUAGAGCUGUAACCCAGGCGCUUGCAGUGAACAUGAGACUCUUGUGGAUCUUUCUCUCCGUUGGCUGCCUGCUUAGCAGAAGCCAUGCUUUGUUGGAAGAUUCCAUUCAAAAGUCAGGCAUCCAAAGUGAAGGUGGUGAUACAGGAUUGGAUGCAGGAUUGGUGUAUGAUAAUGGAGGUGAAUUCAUUGAUCUGGGAGAUGGCAGUGGGACAAUCCCAACUUCUAUGACUGUUACUUCACCUGAGAUCUCUACAAUGUCCCUGGGUGAGCUUAAUCAACCUGAGAUGAACAUCCCAGGAGGCUUGGACACAAGUGGCAUUACCAGCCAAUUGCCAACAUCUGGCCUCAACCAAGACAUGCUGGCCCAGGAAGGACUGUUGAGUACUGUUAUUCUCAACAGCCAGAAUCUACUCACAGAAAGGGAAAAGCUACAAACGCUACUCCUGGGUGGCAGAGUAUCAUUUGGUGUCAACAAUGAUCUCCUGGAUGCAGCAGGGACCAAUGCGGUGGAAGGCCUGGUCUGCAAAGGCCCCCUGGGUGGCCUUUGUGGCCAUGGGAGUCUCUCUGGCAUGAAUGAUGCUCUGAAGACCAUGAAUUCUGGGGAACUCGACAGCCGGCUCAAUGUCACCCGCUUCGACAUUGUCCAGCUGUCAUGGAAGGUCCUUGCCUCAUCUGAUUUCGAAAUUAAAUUUCAGACCAAGUUGACUAUCAAUUUCCCAGGGAUACUCUCAUUUCUCAGUGGCUCCACAGUGGAUGUGGACAUCGAGAUCCCCUUGCAAUUGCAACAGAUGGAACCUGGUCAAAUGUCCUUUUCCGUGAAGAGCUGCCGGGCAGUAUUCACUGGGAUCCAAGUGAAUUCAGGUGUAAUCUCCAAAAUGAUGGAAUCAAUGUUGAAAUGGUCCUUGAACAUCUCCUUGCCCAACAUGUUGUGCCCAGUGGCCCGAUUCUGGUUCUACAUCAUCAACCAACAGUUGGCCAUUCUCCAAAAUAUCGCCUCACUUGGGAUGCCGGAGGACAGCAACUUGCUUGAUACCAAACAACCCAUGCUGUAUGAACGCACUUAUACCAUGGACUUUAAGAACAAAACCUUCCCGGCUUCUUUUAUCAACUGGCUGUUUAAAACUCCCUCUUCAUAAACAAGUUGAGACACCAUGCUGGCUUGAGGAAGACUUCUAAAGCCAGACAACUGUGCAAGGAAGAAGAAGAAGGGGCAAGUGGAGUUAGCCUGGAUGUAGCCCUCAAAGUCUCCAGAGACCAGCCAUGAAGGCUCAAGUGGAGGGCAAGACCUGCAGCAGCCAAGCAUCUGGCAGGAGAGGAUCCUGGGAACCCCUCUACCAUGACACACAUUCUUCCUGCAGGUCACACUUAAUAGGCCAUUUCUUAUUUGGAUCUAUCAUGGUGUUCUGUGCGAGAUUAAUGAGGUGUUAUGCUGCGAACAGAAAGUUAUAUAAAAACAAGUCCCCCCCCCUUGUCACUGCUGCUAAGAAUGUAGCAGAAAUUGUCUCAAGUGUCUCUCUAAUCAGAAACAAUAAAGGUCUCCUUGGAUUCAA